AAAGAUUCUGCCAUUGGCCCCUGUAACACACACCACAUUUUGUUCUCUUCAAUCUCUGCUUCUUGAUUCACAAAAAAAUGCUUGAUACCCAUUUAGGGAAUUGAAGCCAAUUUUGGUCUCAACAAUCAACCUUCCAAGACUGCACCUUUCUUUUCAGCAUGUCAGAGGCCCAAAGAAGGCCACCAAUGGCUGGUGUUGUGCGUGGAAACAAUGGACAUGUUAAUGGGGUAUUGCCAGUGAGGAGUCCUGCUGCAAUAUCUGAAGUAGAUGAGUUCUGCCGUGCCCUUGAAGGGGAGAGUCCAAUCCAUAGUAUUUUAAUUGCAAACAAUGGAAUGGCAGCUGUCAAGUUCAUACGUAGUAUUCGAACAUGGGCUUAUGAAACAUUUGGCACAGAAAAGGCAAUCUUAUUGGUGGCCAUGGCUACUCCAGAGGACAUGAGAAUUAAUGCUGAGCACAUUAGAAUUGCUGAUCAGUUUGUAGAAGUUCCAGGAGGGACAAAUAACAAUAACUAUGCCAAUGUGCAACUUAUUGUGGAGAUAGCGGAGAUAACACAUGUUGAUGCGGUUUGGCCUGGUUGGGGUCACGCAUCUGAGAACCCUGAGCUUCCAGAUGCUCUGAAUGCUAAGGGAAUCAUAUUUCUUGGGCCUCCAGCUAUAUCUAUGGCAGCAUUGGGAGAUAAAAUUGGUUCAUCUUUGAUUGCUCAAGCUGCAGAAGUGCCAACCCUUCCAUGGAGUGGUUCUCAUGUGAGAAUUCCCCCAGAGAGUUGCUUAGUAUCUAUUCCAGAUGAAGUAUAUAGGGAAGCAUGUGUUUAUACGACAGAGGAAGCAAUUGCAAGUUGUCAGGUAGUUGGUUAUCCUGCAAUGAUCAAAGCAUCUUGGGGUGGUGGCGGUAAAGGCAUAAGAAAGGUUCAUAAUGAUGAUGAAGUUAGAGCACUGUUCAAGCAAGUGCAGGGCGAAGUUCCCGGUUCUCCUAUUUUCAUAAUGAAAGUUGCUUCACAGAGUCGGCAUUUAGAAGUCCAGUUACUCUGUGAUCAGCAUGGAAAUGUUGCAGCUUUGCAUAGCCGUGAUUGCAGUGUUCAAAGGCGGCACCAGAAGAUUAUAGAGGAGGGUCCAAUUACUGUUGCUCCACCAGAAACAGUUAAAAAGCUUGAACAGGCUGCUAGAAGGUUGGCUAAGAGUGUCAAUUAUGUUGGUGCAGCUACUGUUGAAUAUCUGUACAGUAUGGAGACUGGCGAGUAUUAUUUCCUAGAACUUAAUCCUCGCUUACAGGUAGAGCACCCUGUCACUGAGUGGAUUGCGGAAAUAAAUCUGCCAGCAGCCCAGGUUGCAGUUGGGAUGGGCAUUUCUCUCUGGAAAAUUCCUGAAAUAAGGCGAUUUUAUGGAAUGGAACAUGGGGGAGGAUAUGAUUCCUGGAGGAAAACAUCUCGUCUUUCCACCCCUUUUGAUUUUGACAAGGCAGAGUCAACAAGGCCAAAAGGUCACUGUGUAGCUGUACGUGUGACAAGUGAGGACCCAGAUGAUGGUUUUAAGCCUACCAGUGGAAAAGUGCAGGAGUUAAGUUUUAAAAGCAAGCCAAAUGUGUGGGCUUACUUCUCUGUUAAGUCUGGAGGAGGCAUUCAUGAAUUUUCAGAUUCUCAAUUUGGACAUGUUUUUGCAUUUGGGGAAUCAAGAGCUCUAGCUAUAGCCAAUAUGGUUCUUGGUCUUAAAGAAAUUCAAAUCCGGGGAGAAAUUCGAACAAAUGUUGAUUACACAAUUGACCUCUUACAUGCUUCAGACUACAGAGAAAAUAAGAUCCAUACAGGUUGGUUGGACAGUAGAAUUGCUAUGCGAGUUAGAGCAGAAAGGCCCCCCUGGUAUCUUUCAGUUGUUGGAGGGGCUCUCUAUAAAGCAUCUGCAAGUAGUGCAGCUAUGGUGUCAGAUUAUGUUGGUUAUCUUGAGAAGGGACAAAUCCCUCCCAAACACAUAUCACUUGUGCAUUCACAAGUGUCUUUGAAUAUUGAAGGUAGCAAGUACACGAUUGACAUGGUCAGGGGGGGACCAGGAAGUUAUAGGUUGAGAAUGAAUGAAUCAGAGAUUGAAGCAGAGAUCCAUACAUUACGUGAUGGGGGUUUAUUGAUGCAGUUGGAUGGCAACAGUCAUGUUAUAUAUGCAGAAGAAGAAGCAGCUGGAACUCGGCUAUUGAUUGAUGGAAGGACUUGCUUGCUACAGAAUGAUCAUGAUCCCUCAAAGCUAGUAGCUGAGACACCAUGCAAGCUGCUGAGGUUUCUGAUUUCAAAUGGUAGUCAUAUAGAUGCUGACACACCUUAUGCAGAGGUUGAGGUUAUGAAGAUGUGCAUGCCUCUUCUUUCACCUGCUUCUGGAGUACUACAAUUCAAAAUGUCUGAAGGUCAAGCAAUGCAGGCUGGUGAACUCAUUGCAAGGCUCGAUCUAGAUGAUCCUUCAGCCGUAAGAAAAGCUGAGCCUUUCCGUGGGAGCUUCCCAGUAUUGGGACCUCCAACUGCAAUAUCAGGAAAAGUUCAUCAGCGGUGUGCUGCAAGCUUGAACUCAGCCCGCAUGAUUCUUGCUGGUUACGAGCAUAACAUUGAAGACGUGGUGCAAAGCCUGCUCAAUUGCCUUGACAGUCCUGAAUUGCCUUUCCUCCAAUGGCAAGAAUGCUUAUCAGUUCUGGCAACCAGACUUCCCAAAAAUCUUAAAAAUGAGUUGGAAGCAAAACAUAAGGAAUUUGAGGUUGUUUCAAGCUCCCAGAUCAUAGACUUUCCAGCCAAAUUGUUAAAGGGUGUCCUAGAAUCACAUCUAUCCUCCUGUCCUGAGAAAGAAAGAGGAGCACAGGAAAGGCUUAUUGAACCUUUAAUGAGCCUUGUAAAGUCUUACGAAGGUGGAAGAGAGAGUCAUGCCCGUCUUAUUGUGCAGUCUCUAUUUGAAGAAUAUUUAUCUGUUGAAGAGUUAUUUAGUGACACUAUUCAGGCUGAUGUGAUUGAACGCCUUCGACUUCAAUAUAAGAAAGAUCUGUUAAAGGUUGUCGACAUUGUGCUUUCUCAUCAGGGUGUCAGGAGUAAAAAUAAACUAAUUCUGAGACUCAUGGAGCAACUUGUUUAUCCUAACCCUGCUGCAUAUAGAGAUCAACUAAUCCGAUUCUCCGUGUUAAAUCACACAAAUUAUUCUGAGUUGGCACUGAAGGCAAGUCAGUUGCUUGAACAAACUAAAUUGAGUGAACUUCGUUCAAGCAUUGCUAGAAGUCUCUCUGAAUUGGAGAUGUUUACUGAGGAUGGUGAGACUAUGGACACUCCUAAGAGGAAAAGUGCCAUUAAUGAAAGAAUGGAGGAUCUUGUAAGUGCUCCUUUAGCUGUUGAAGAUGCUCUUGUAGGUCUCUUUGAUCACAGUGAUCAUACCCUUCAACGGCGGGUUGUAGAGACUUAUGUUCGGAGGCUAUACCAGCCCUAUCUUGUAAAGGGAAGUGUCAGGAUGCAGUGGCACAGAUCUGGUCUUAUUGCUUUGUGGGAAUUCUUGGAAGAGCAUAUUGAGAGAAAGAAUGGGUCUGACGAUCAAACAUCAGAUAAACUAUUAGUUGAGAAACACAGUGAGAAGAAAUGGGGAGCCAUGGUUAUAAUUAAAUCUCUCCAAUUUUUGCCUGCAACUAUUAGUGCUGCAAUCAGGGAAACAACUCAUAACCUUCAUGAGGCAAUUUCGAAUCAAUCUACAGAACCAGAUAGCUUUGGUAACAUGCUGCAUAUUGCAUUGGCGGGCAUCAAUAAUCAAAUGAGCUUACUUCAAGAUAGCGGUGAUGAGGAUCAGGCUCAAGAGAGAAUCAAUAAGUUAGCAAAAAUACUGAAAGAGCAAGAAUUAGGAUCAAGUCUACGUUCUGCAGGAGUAGGUGUUAUCAGCUGUAUCAUACAGAGGGAUGAAGGCCGAACACCUAUGAGGCACUCGUUUCACUGGUCAUCAGAAAAGCUCUAUUAUGAGGAAGAACCUCUUUUGCGCCAUUUGGAACCUCCUCUGUCCAUCUACCUUGAACUGGAUAAGCUUAAAGGCUAUGAAAAUAUAAAAUAUACACCAUCACGUGACCGUCAAUGGCACUUGUACACUGUUAUGGACAAGCCAGUACCCAUCCAGAGGAUGUUCCUCCGAACACUUGUCCGGCAGCCUACAACAAGUGAGGGGCUUACAGGACAUCAGGGGCUGGAUGUGGAAAUAAUGCGUAACCAUUGGGCUUUGUCAUUUACUUCAAGGAGCAUCUUAAGGUCCCUAAUGGGCGCAAUGGAGGAACUGGAACUUAACAUGCACAGUGCUACUGUGAAAUCUGACCAUGCCCAGAUGUAUCUUUGUAUCUUACGCGAGCAACAAAUAGAUGAUCUUGUGCCUUACCCCAAGAGAGUUGAUCUAGAAGCAGGGCAAGAAGAAGUAGCAGUAGAGUCUAUAUUAGAAGAACUGGCACAGGAGAUUCAUGCAUUUGCUGGUGUAAGAAUGCAUAGGUUAGGCGUCUGUGAAUGGGAAGUGAAGCUCUGGAUGGCUUCUUGUGGACGAGCAAAUGGUGCUUGGAGGGUUAUAGUAACAAAUGUGACUGGUCAUACCUGUACUGUACAUAUAUACCGGGAACUUGAUGAUACGAGCAAACACAGAGUUGUAUAUCAUUCAAUUACUACCAAAGGUCCUCUGCAUGGUAUGCCCGUGAAUGCCUACUAUCAGCCUUUGGGAGUUCUUGAUCGGAAACGUCUAUUGGCUAGGAAAAACAAUACCACUUACUGCUAUGAUUUUCCAUUGGCAUUUGAGACGGCCUUGCAGCGGUCAUGGGCAUCUGAAUUGCAGGGUUCUAGAAAACCCAAGGAUAAAUUUCUUCUCAAGGUUACAGAACUCAUCUUUGCUGACCAAAAAGGUGAUUGGGGUACUCCUCUUGUUCCUGUGGAUCGCACACUAGGGCUCAAUGAUGUUGGCAUGGUAGCCUGGUGUAUGGAAAUGUCUACUCCUGAGUUUCCCUCUGGAAGGACAAUUUUGAUAGUUGCAAAUGAUGUGACUUUCAAAGCUGGGUCUUUUGGCCCCAGAGAGGAUGCAUUCUUUCUUGCAGUAACUGACCUUGCUUGCAGUAAGAAAUUGCCUUUAAUUUAUUUGGCUGCAAACUCUGGAGCCCGCAUUGGCGUAGCUGAGGAAGUCAAAGCCUGCUUUAAAGUUGGUUGGUCUGAUGAAUCCUCUCCUGAAUGUGGUUUUCAGUAUGUUUAUUUAACUCCUGAGGAUUAUGCUAGGAUUGGAUCAUCUGUGAUAGCACAUGAGAUGAAGCUGGGAAAUGGUGAAAGCAGAUGGGUGAUUGAUACCAUUGUUGGGAAAGAGGAUGGCUUGGGGGUUGAGAACUUAACGGGAAGUGGGGCCAUUGCUGGUGCAUACUCUAGGGCAUACAAAGAAACCUUUACUUUGACAUAUGUGACUGGCAGAACUGUGGGAAUUGGUGCUUAUCUUGCUCGUCUUGGCAUGCGGUGCAUACAGAGACUUGAUCAACCUAUUAUUUUGACCGGUUUCUCUGCACUAAACAAGCUUCUUGGCCGGGAGGUGUAUAGCUCUCACAUGCAACUUGGUGGACCUAAAAUUAUGGCAACAAAUGGUGUUGUUCAUCUCACAGUUUCGGAUGACCUUGAAGGAGUAUCAGCCAUUUUGAAGUGGCUAAGCUGUAUUCCUGCCUAUGUAGGAGCCACACUUCCCACUUCAAAUCCUUCAGAUCCUCCAGAAAGACCAGUGGAGUACCUUCCUGAGAAUUCAUGUGAUCCUCGUGCAGCUAUCUGUGGUGCCUUAGAUGGUAGUGGGAAUUGGAAGGGGGGUAUAUUCGACAAGGAUAGCUUUAUUGAGACACUUGAAGGUUGGGCACGGACGGUUGUGACAGGAAGAGCAAAGCUUGGAGGAAUACCUGUUGGAAUAGUUGCCGUUGAGACACAGACAGUGAUGCAAGUUAUCCCUGCUGAUCCAGGACAACUUGAUUCCCAUGAGAGGGUUGUCCCUCAAGCUGGACAAGUAUGGUUUCCAGAUUCUGCAACCAAGACAGCUCAAGCAAUAAUGGAUUUCAACAGAGAAGAGCUUCCGCUAUUCAUUCUUGCCAACUGGCGAGGAUUUUCAGGUGGGCAGAGGGACCUUUUUGAGGGUAUCCUUCAGGCUGGAUCAACCAUAGUUGAGAACCUUAGAACAUACAGACAGCCUGUUUUUGUUUACAUUCCUAUGAUGGGUGAGCUUGUUGUUGGGGCUUGGUUUUUUUUUGCCGGCGGGUUCAGUUCCACCCUUUUUGAAUUUUUUGUUGUUGGCCUUGUUAGGGGCACUUUUCUUGAGCCUGAGGGAAUGAUAGAGAUCAAGUUUAGGACAAAGGAGCUGCUGGAGUGCAUGGGUAGGCUCGACCCACAGCUCAUUGAUCUUAGGGCAAAACUUCAGGAAGCCAAGAGUAGCGGUGCCUAUGGGAAGAUUGACUCUCUGCAGCAGCAAAUAAAAGCCCGCGAGAAGCAACUUUUGCCACUAUACACCCAGAUAGCCACUAGAUUUGCUGAACUUCAUGACACUUCCCUGAGGAUGGCUGCAAAAGGGGUAAUAAAGGAAGUUGUAGAUUGGAAUCGUUCUCGCUUUUUCUUCUACAAAAGAUUAUGUCGGAGAAUUGCUGAGGGCAAUAUGAUUAAGACUGUACAAGAUGCUGCUGGUGAGCAGCUGCCACAUAAAUCAGCAAUGGACUUGAUUAAGAAGUGGUUUUUAGAUUCCAACAUGGCAAGGGGCCAAGAAGAUGCUUGGUUGGAUGAUGAAGCUUUCUUUGCGUGGAAGGAUGAUCAAAGAAACUAUGAGGAGAAGCUAAAGGAGCUGAGGGUCCAAAAGGUAUUACUUCAACUAUCAAAUAUUGGCAAUUCAACAUCAGACGUGCGAGCUCUACCUCAAGGUCUUGCUGCCCUUCUAAGCAAGAUGGAGCCCUCAAGCCGGUCGCAAUUAGUCGAAGAACUUCGUAAAGUGAUCAGUUAGUUAUGAAGUUUGUAUUCGAAAUAACAUGGACUCUCAGAUUACCUGUCUUGAUUAUUCUUUGAUUGUUCUGGAGGUUUAAACACCACAGUUGCCUACUCUUGAUGAAAAUUCGCUCUCCACCAGAGUUUGUCAGAGUACUCCUGGGAACACCAAAUCGAUCUGUUAAGUGUAAAUUUUUGCUAGCCUCCAAAGUUCAAUUGGAGAAGUAGAUAAUUUAUUGUUGCAUGAAGUUCAUUAAGCAUGAACAAUUUCAUAAGGUUUCCUGCAAACCUGUAGCUUCCUUUCUUGUUUUAUUAAUUUGUAAUCGUGCUUAAUAAAUAAAUAUAAAUGAU